AUGCUCCAGAACGGCCAGUCCUCCUUAAUUCGGCCUUCUAUAUCCUUCCAGAUUCUCUCCGAUCUCCACCUUGAGAUCAACUCGCAGUAUGCAUUGUAUGACAUCCCUGUUUGCGCGGGCCAUCUUAUCCUCGCCGGCGAUAUUGGUCGUUUAACAGACUACAAUGACUACCGCAAUUUCCUACAAAAGCAAACCGACCGAUUCAAGCUGGUAUUCCUCAUACUCGGCAACCACGAGUUCUACAACGGCACUUUCGCAACAGGGCUGGAAAAGGCUCGACAACUUGAACGGGAACCAGGCUUCAACGGACGCUUAAUCGUCCUUCAUCAGAAUCGAUACGAUAUCCCGGGUUCCUGUGUUACUAUUCUAGGCUGCACGCUCUGGUCACACGUACCCCAUGAAUCAAGAGAGAUUGUGCAGUCGAAGGUGAAAGACUUCCAGAGGAUCGAAGGCUGGUCCGUUGAGGACCAUAAUGCAAACCAUGAUUCAGAUCUCGCCUGGCUAGUGAACGAGGUGCAGUUGAUACUCCAGGAAAAUAGAGAGAUGGAGAAGCGGGGUGGGAAAAGGUCUGUUCUUGUUGCUACGCAUCACGCCCCUCUGCUUCGGGGGACGUCAAGCCCGCAACACGCUCACAGCCCUUGGGGUGUUGCCUUUGCGACUGAUGUCCUGUCCCGGAUACCUCUGGAUGGGGUGAAGGUCUGGGUGUUCGGGCAUACUCACUAUACCACUGAUUUUAGGGAGGGAGAGGUACGAGUUGUGAGUAACCAGCGGGGCUAUGUGUUGCCUUGGAAUAAUUCGAGGAAUGCACAGGAUGGAUUUGAUGUGAAGAAGGUUAUACGGGUGUCGUGA